AUGAAUCCGGAUGUUCAUAAUGGCAAUAAGUUACGUUUGAAAUUCGAGAACAUCAAGAAUUUGACCGAGGAAUUUGUUCGAAGUGAUAAAUUAACAAUUGGAAAUGUUGAUUGGUAAAUAAUUUUGAAAAUUAGAAUAAUUCUCAAUUUUUGCUUUUAGGAUUCUCAAAAUCAGAACGGAGGUAUCGAACAAGGUCAAAUAUUUGAGUGCAUAUUUGGAAUUCGGUUCGGAAAACGUAGCCGCCAAAAAUUGGAUUUGUGAAAUAAAAAUCGAUAUUAAAUUAUUGGGCGGAAUUGGGCCUCCAAGGAGGCUCGGUUUUGAACAAUGUUAUCAUGCAGACACUCAUCUAAUUUGGGGAAAUAAACUUGUAAAAUGGUCCGAUUUGUUAACCAGUGGUUGUAUCAAAAAUGAUUCGAUUUCGAUUGAUGUCAAUUUCAAUUUCCGAUUGUUCGAUUUCUCAAAGAAAAUCGAUAAUGAGACGGAUAUGAUUGUUGUUGUUGAAGGAACUGAAUUUCAUCUGAAUAAAUGGGCUCUUGGCUCAAGAUCCGAGUAUUUUCGAGAACUGAUUAUGAAAACCAAGCCAAAUGAUUUGAAACAAUGCAAAAUUGAAGGAAUCACCUCGAAACUUUUUUGUUAUAUGCUUGCUUCGUUUUAUCCAUUCUCACAUACUAAUUUAGGUAAAAAAAAACUUCUUCUAAAUUUUAGUUAUGCAUACAUAAAUCUCUUGUUUCAGAACGUCAUUUCGAGGAUUUGAUGAAAGCUGCGAAACAAUUCGGUGUUCCUUCACUUCACAAAAAAUGCGAAGAAUUUCUGAUGUCCAAAAAAUGUGCACUUGAAAUUGUUCAGAAAAUCAAACUUGCUGAAGAAAACGGCUAUGAAGAACUCAUGGAAAAAUGCAUUGACUCGCUGGAAACUGCUGGAGAUGUCAAAAAUUUGCAUGAUGAUCGAGGUUUUAUGGAUUUGAAAGAUUCUACGAAAGUUAGAAUUAUGGAUCGUUUGUUGAAUUUUUAUUGAUUUUUGUUUUCUGUUUUUGUUGAAUGAAGUUGUUGUUAUUUGCUAAGCUUAUCAAUUUUUUUUUAAUUUUUUUUGGGUUCAAAUUUCCCAAAUAUAUCUAAAAUCCCAUUCUUGAACUCACAUAAAUCGACGUUGUUUUUGAAUAUCCAACCAUCUAGUUAGUAGAAAUUGAAUAGUGUGAAAUGAGCCAAAAUUGAUAGAAAAUAAUUAUAAAAGAAAAAAGGUCAUGUUUUAUUUUAUUUUCAGAAUGUUUCCUUUACAAAGCUUCGGAAACACCUUGAAAUGGAAGUUUGAAAACAUUUCAGCAUUGACGAAAGAAGAAAGAUUCAGUGAUGUUUUUUCGAUUGGUGAAACAGAAUGGAAAAUUGCUGUUUUCAAACUGAACAAUUUAUAUUUGGCAAUUCGACUUUACUAUGAUUCUCAAAACAAGAAUGAAAAAAAUUGGAUUUGCGAAACUGAGACUACUUUCAAAUUGUUGAAACAAGUCGGCGAAGGUGAAAAUAUUGAGCGAACGAAUUCAGAUACUUACCAUGCAUCGAAGUUUACUUGGGGAUAUCCAAAGUUUGCGCUUUAUUAUGAUCUUCAGAACAACAAGUACAAAUUGAAUGAUUCAAUUGUUGUUGAGAUUGAUCUCAGUUUUUUAUAUUAUGAUUUUUCAAAGGAAAUCAAGAACUAUACGGAUAUUAUUGUCAAUGUUGAAAAUACGGAUUUUUAUUUGAAUAAAGGGGUAUGUCGAGCAUUUUUAACAGUAAUUAUUAAAGUAUUUAAUUAUUUUCAGGUUUUGUGCUCGAAGUCGGAGUAUUUUUAUCAUAAUAUUGUUGAUGGAAAAUACACUGAAAGUAUCAUCAAAUUUGAUAACCUGACUGCAAAAGACUUAUGCUAUAUUCUAAUUCCAUUCAACCCAGUUUUCAAUACAGUUCGCGAUGAAACUUAUGAGAAUCUCAUUGAAAUCGCAAAAAUUUUCGAUGUUCCAUCACUUCAUCAAUCAGUCGAGCAAUAUCUCAUCACAAAAAACAAAACAUUGAAAACUAUUGAAAAAAUCAAACUAGCCGAGGAAAAUGGUUAUGAGAUGUUGAUGAGAAAGUGUAUCGAAUCUUUGAAAUCUGGAAUGGAGAUCAAGAAUCUUCAAGUUGAUCCGAGAUUUUCGGAAUUGGAAGAGGCUACGAAGUUGCGGGUUAUGCGACGUUGCUUGGAUUUUUUCUAA